AUGCAGGUGCCCACUGUUGGUUGCUCUUUGCGGGGUGUGUCCAUGUCAGGGGUUGGGAUCCCUCCUGGCUGCCGGGCCUUCUGCAGCCUCUCACACUCUGGGCUCCACUGCGGGGGAAGGAAUGUCCAGGGCACUGACCUGUGUUAUCAGGCUCUGGUGGCCUGGGCAGGGGGUCUGGUCCUGCCACCGCCCCUGGUGCCCGUGGUUCCGGUCAGUCUGGCGGGCAGCACCAACGACACGGGCGGGAGGCUGGAGCCAGCCCCAGAACCCCAGAGAGACCAGACCCUGAGACAGCAGGGGCCGUUGGCUUCUCCCAUACCCGCAGGGCACCCUGCUGUUCCCACCAAGCCAGCUGGCCCAUGGCGAGAUUGUGCAGAGGCCCACAGGGCAGGCCACGAGCAGAGUGGAGUGUAUGAGCUGCGGCUGGGCCGGCACGUGGUGUCAGCAUGGUGCGAGCAACAGCUGGAAGGUGGAGGCUGGACCGUGAUCCAGCGGCGGCAAGAUGGCUCCGUCAACUUCUUCACCACCUGGCAGCACUACAAGGUGGGCUUUGGGCAGCCAGACGGAGAACACUGGCUGGGCCUUGAACCCGUGUAUCAGCUAACCAGCCGGGGGGACCACGAGCUGCUGGUGCUCCUGGAGGACUGGGGGGGCCGUGGGGCACGUGCCCACUACGAUGGCUUCUCCCUGGAGCCGGAGAGCGACCACUACCGUCUGCGGCUUGGCCAGUACCAUGGUGAUGCUGGCGAUUCUCUUUCCUGGCACAAUGACAAGCCCUUCAGCACCGUGGAUAGAGACCGGGACUCCUAUUCUGGCAACUGUGCCCUCUACCAGCGGGGAGGCUGGUGGUACCACGCCUGCGCCCACUCCAACCUCAACGGUGUGUGGCACCGCGGCGGCCACUACCGGAGCCGCUACCAGGACGGCGUCUACUGGGCCGAGUUUCGCGGCGGGGCCUACUCGCUCAAGAAGGCGGCCAUGCUGAUCCGGCCGCUGCGGCUGUGACUCGCUCCGCUCCUCC